GUUCAGACUUACAAGCAGACAGUUCUUUCGGUACUUCUUUUACUCAUAUUUUAUUUUUUUAAGAAUUUUUUCAAAAGAAGAUUUUGAUCAGUGGAUUUGAGAGAGAUAUCUGAGUCAAAAUGUCUGAGCGCUACGACUGCAGGCAGUGUGAGGACUCUCUGUUCGGGCAGAAGUACAUCCUGCGGGAGGAACAUCCGUACUGCAUAAGGUGCUACGAGACACUUUUCUCCAGCACCUGUGAAUUGUGCAACAAGCUCAUUAGUUGCACCAGCAAGGAUUUGUCCUACAAGGACCGCCACUGGCACAGCGAGUGUUUCCUCUGCAACAAGUGCAGCCGAUCACUCAUCGAUCAACCAUUUGCCACCAAGAACGACCUGCCCAUGUGCACAGACUGCUACUGCAUGGAGUACUCUGCUAAGUGCCACGCGUGCCUGAAGACCAUCAUGCCAGGCACCAAGAAGAUGGAGCACAAAGGCCACAGCUGGCAUGAGAAAUGUUUCAUCUGCAGCGGCUGUCAGCAGCCCAUCGGCACCAAGAGCUUCGUGAAGAAGGACAGCAACAACUACUGCCUGUCCUGCUACGAGAAGCUGUUCGCUCUGCAUUGUGUUCACUGCAAGACGACCAUUACCACUGGAGGGGUGAGCUACCACGACCAGCCGUGGCACAAGGAGUGCUUCGUUUGUAAUGGCUGCAAGAUGCAGCUCGCCAACCAGAGAUUCACUUCUCGGGAUGAGCUUGCCUACUGCCUCGAAUGCUUCUGCAACCUGUUCGCCAAGAAAUGUGUCCAUUGCACCAAACCAAUCAGUG